AACAUGCUUUGGGAAAUUUGCCCAAAGUAAGCUUAUGUGUGUGUGUGUGGGAGAGGGAGAGUAUUCAGACUGGUAAGACAUGUUCAACAACUGUUUUCUACACACCAUGCUAUUUUAGAAAUGCAGCAACUGAGUUUUAUGAAAGUCAUGCUUCACUUCAGGAAAAUAUUAGACUGUGUUUGUCUUGUGUCUGUGUCAGCUUGAGGGUUUAAAUCAAGCUGAGAAUCUUGAAGAAGUAGGUCUUCAAGGCUUUGAAGGCAUGUGAUUUAGGGUGAGUGUAUCUGCUUUUAAAAAAAGUCAACAUUGUGUCUUUAUGUUGAGCUGUGGUUUUGUGUAUUCACUGUGAUGAUGGGAGUUAAUUCCAAGGCAGGCUGACAACCAACUGACCUGAUUCAGCUUUUAUUGAGGUUUCUGAAACAUUGCACAAGAGGUUUGAAGGAAAAAGUUUGGGAGCAUGUGACAGUUAAUCUCUUUAGCAGUAAGAAUGAAGUUUAAGCAUACUGUUGGAAACACACUCAGGUCUGUGCUGCUCUUUGUUUUAAUUAACAAUCUCCUGCAUAGAUUGGGAGUGUAAACUUACUUGCACUUUAGUCCAAUUAAAUUGUGCUUGGAGGCUGUCAAUGGUGGGGCGAACUCCCUCCUACCCCCCCUUUUUUAAUUGUUCAGUAAGUCUGUUGAAUAGUGAAAGAAUUUCCCUGGCAGGGUUUUUGUAGUGUUUCCUCGUCUUGAUGAAUUAUUGCAGAGGGUAGGCGACAGUCUCUUUUGUUCAAAAUGCAUUGGAAUGAUUCAUCCAAUUCCUCAGAAAGUGACAAUGAAGCUCAUUCAGCCUUUACACAGACUGAGCACAACGUAGUUGCAGCUUACUUAAUCACAGCAGGAGUGGUAAGCAUUUUCAGUAAUAUUGUUGUUUUGGGCAUCUUUGUUAAAUACAAAGAGCUUCGGACAGCAACCAAUGCAAUUAUUAUCAACUUGGCUUUUACUGACAUUGGUGUUAGUGGCAUUGGUUACCCCAUGUCUGCUGCCUCAGACCUGCAUGGAAGCUGGAAAUUUGGAUAUACUGGAUGCCAGAUCUAUGCUGCAUUAAAUAUCUUUUUUGGGAUGGCGAGUAUUGGUUUGCUCACUGUUGUUGCACUUGAUCGUUAUCUGACAAUCUGCAGGCCUGAUAUAGGGAGAAGAAUGACUACCCGUAGCUAUGCCACUCUAAUCCUUGCUGCUUGGAUAAAUGCAGUCUUCUGGGCUUCCAUGCCUACUGUAGGCUGGGCUAGCUAUGCCCCAGAUCCGAGUGGAGCAACAUGCACAGUAAAUUGGAGGAAAAAUGAUGCGUCCUUUGUUUCCUACACAAUGAGUGUAAUUGCUGUUAAUUUUGUUGUACCCUUAACAGUCAUGUUUUACUGUUACUACAAUGUUUCCCGGGCAAUGAAACAAUAUGCCAGGAGUAACUGCUUGGAAAGCAUCAACAUAGAUUGGUCUGACCAAGUAGAUGUGACAAAGAUGUCUGUUGUGAUGAUUGUAAUGUUCUUGGUGGCAUGGUCUCCAUAUUCUAUUGUGUGUUUGUGGUCUUCCUUUGGAGACCCAAAGAAAAUUUCUCCUGCAAUGGCCAUCAUAGCUCCAUUAUUUGCAAAAUCUUCCACAUUUUAUAAUCCCUGCAUUUAUGUCGUUGCAAACAAAAAGUUUCGGAGGGCAAUCUUGGCAAUGGUGCGAUGCCAGACAAGACAAGAGAUAACUAUAAACAACGCCUUGCCCAUGAGUGUAUCACAAAGUGCACUGACAUCGUAGAACUCAUGCCAUUUGCA